CGAUCUCUGGCUUUUGUUUUGAUGUGCAAAAGUGCUGUAUUUAUGGUAAGCAAAGAGGUCGCAACUAGUUUCUGUACUGCACGAGACAAUGUGACUACAUUAACUGCAUGUACUGAUGACUGAUGACAAGCGCUAUGUGCUGAGUGACAGUAGAGUAGAGAGUGAAGAAGUGGAGGUGCCAUGUUGCUGGAUACCACGGUUUGUAGAGAAUACAGUCGCCUCGUUCUUACUUUUUUAUAUUUUUGAAAUUUCUCUCAUACCCCUGGAAAUGCUCUUUCGCACCCUCAGGGGGUGCACGCACCCCAGGUUAAGAACCGCUGUUGUAGACAGACAACCCCACAAAAGAUUUACCACAGUUUUAUCAAUAUUAGCCGUAAGUUCACUCAAUGUUUUCAUCAAGCUUAUUCGAACUCCUUUUUGGUGUAAUAAAUUUCCCUAUCUUACAGCAUUAAAAGUAUCUUGUCGACUGCGACAGAUGUUAUAACACGACGUUACAAGGUUCUUGAACGAAAUCAGACAUAUUCUAAACAAAACAAAACGUUUAUUUAUCUUGGAAAUAUACAGUCAGAUGACAGCAAAUAUAAGUUUACAGAGACCUUCCGCUGUAAAAAAAACCCCCGAGAACACAGCUGAAAAAACGUGGACUUCUAUGUUCCUCACUAGGGGUGUCCCGACAUUAUUAAAAAGAGCUAACAAUAUAAUUUCAACAAUUGUGAAAUCCUAUUGUUGAUUACAAGCGAUUGUUGUUGGAUGCGAUUUGUUCGAAAGCGAAAUACUUUUGCGAAAAUGAAUGCUGAAAGUUAUCACUGCUUUUCUAAUGAAGUUUAUUCGUCAUUUGGAUAUGACAAUUAUGUUCUGUAUGCUUAUCAGUAUACAAUAUUCUUUGUUCCGUAUGAAUUAUGGGCAGGAAUGCCUGAAUAUGGGCCGAAUACAGAAUGCUCAGAAAGUGGAAUACUGCCAGAAUAUCAGCAGUGCGAACCUCAAGUGGGUGAAUAUGGAUAUGGGCCGGUUCCAGAAUAUUAUGGAUAUGGGCCGGUUCCAGAAUAUUAUGGAAAUGGGCCAUAUGAAAGUAUAUAUGGAUAUGGGCCAUAUGAAAAUACAUAUGAACAUGGGCCAGACUCAGAAAAUGUCGGAUUUGGGCCACAACCAGAUAUAAAUCAACAGUGGUCGGCUCCAGAAUAUUAUGGAUAUGGGCCAUAUGAAAAUACAUAUGAACAUGGGCCAGACUCAGAAAAUGUCGGAUUUGGGCCACAACCAGAUAUAAAUCAACAGUGGUCGGCUCCAGAAUAUUAUGGAUAUGGGCCAUAUGAAAAUACAUAUGAACAUGGGCCAGACUCAGAAAAUGUCGGAUUUGGGCCACAACCAGAUAUAAAUCAACAGUGGUCGGCUCCAGAAUAUUAUGGAUAUGGGCCAUAUGAAAAUACAUAUGAACAUGGGCCAGACUCAGAAAAUGUCGGAUUUGGGCCACAACCAGAUAUAAAUCAACAGUGGUCGGCUCCAGAAUAUUAUGGAUAUGAGCCAUAUGGAAAUAUAUAUGGAUAUGGGCCAUAUGAAAAUACAUAUGAACAUGGGCCAGACUCAGAAAAUGUCAGAUUUGGGCCGCAACCAGAUAUAAAUCAACAAUGGCUGGCUAUAGAAAAUUUUAGAUACGGGCCUCACUCAAAUUUAAACGAACAUUGGCCUGCCCCAGAAAUUAUUAAUUUUGUGCCUGAAGCAGAUAUAACUGAAAAUAGGCUAUGUACAGAAAUAAUCGUAUAUGAACCACUGGUAGAACUCCAGCAGUCCUCACUGCCAACACAAAUGCUGGAACAUUGUCUACAGCCAAAGUUAUUUGAAGAUGGAAAGAUGCCAUCUGUUUUUCCUGAAUACGAGAAACCAAAAGAGUUUUCCAGAUAUGAGUCAGCAGCUCUUUCUUCUUUUAACUCAGUAGAACCAAACCAUUUUUCAUCAGAAUCGAUUCAUCAGCUACAAAAAGUUUGCGAGUUUGAAAUAAAAGACUCUAAUCAAAGUCAAAUGUCUGAAACUUAUUUGGGAUAUAACAGUUCAGCAGAAUAUGUUAAUAAUUCAGAGAAAGAUAUUACAAAAGAAAAAUAUGAAAAAGUGUCUGAAAAUAGAAUUACAAAUAGUAAAAAUGAAGAUACUUUUAGUGAAUUCGACGCUACAGAAGAGUUUCCAAGUAAGAACGUGCCAAAACCGCUAUUGUCUCCAGCACAAAUCACAUCGAUUGUAAAUGACGGUUUUACACUACGACCGUUAUUUAAAGCGUUUAUGGAGCUGGAACAUAAAUCGUUGGUAUGUGAUGUAAUAUACGAAGAGGAGGAGCUUGACUAUGAAAGUGUUCUGUCCGAAACUGAUUAUAGCAUUGAAUUAGAUACAAUUUCAAUUCAAGAAAAAGUUGCUGAUACCAUAAACGGAAAUAAACUAUUUGACGAUUGUAUUACGGAUCAAAACAUUAUAAUGGUUCAAGAUCAUUCGCCUGUUCACGAAACAUGUGAACUAGUAUUAAUCAGCUCGACGUCGACACCGAUUUAUGUCGAAUCACAAAAAUCUAAUUUAACAACAGAAAUGUACGAAAUUAGUGACGAAUUACCUACGGAAAAUUACAAAAACCUUGCAGACAAUUUAUCUCAAAUGGAUAAUUGUAGAAAAUUAAUUGAAGAAAAUUUAAUUAAAGAAUUAUCUGAUACAAGUCAAGAAAUAUCAAAAAAUGAAAUUGUCGCCAUGCAAUUAAAUGAAAAUGAAUUUGAUCCAAAUAUAGAAGUUUCAAAAAUCAAUGAAAAUGCCGUAAGAGAUGAAAUCGGAUUAGUAAUAUUUGAAGAAAAUCAUAAGAAAGACGAAGAGGACAAUACCAAAAUCUUAAAUAAAACUGAUGUGAAAGAAAUCAAAUAUGCUGCCUCUGAAUGUUUAUUCGAAGAGAAAUCCAUGCCACAAACACAAAAAAAAGGCGUAACAAGAUGCGUGGACGUAUUCAGACGUGUUCUUCGCAGGCUUGGAAAUUUACUUUUUCCAUGUAUAAAACGGAUAAUGUAAUAUUUUUCUGAAUGAAGAUUGUACGCAG